AUGUCACCAUGGCUGUUACUAUUCAUUUUUCUUACAGUGUGUUGGAAUGAUGCUGAAUUAUGUGGUGCAGACAGACACAUAGUAGUUGCAAAGGACGGUUCAGGGAAUUUUACAACGAUAGGAGAGGCUAUUGCUGCCGCUCCCAUCCAAAGCAAAGAUAUCAUUUCUAUUAUGAUAAGGGAGGGAGUCUACGAUGAGUAUAUUGUAAUUGGAAAAGAGAAGAUAAAUAUAAUGUUUAUUGGAGAUGGCAUGUACAAGACCAUUGUGUCUGGCAAUAGGAGCGUUCAUGAUGGUAUAGGAACCGACAAGACAGCGACAGUUGACAUUUUAGGAGAUGGCUUCAUUGCAAAGGAAAUGACGUUCCAAAAUACAGCUGGUCGAGAGAAAGAACAAGCGGUGGCACUCAAAAGUGACGCUCAAUCUGCCUUUUAUAAGUGCAGAUUCCUAGGAUUUCAGGACACCCUCUAUGCUAAAAGUAAAAGGCAAUUCUACAGGGAUUGCGAAAUUCAUGGGACGGUGGAUUUCAUUUUUGGAGAUGCUUCUGCAGUUUUUCAAAAGUGCCUUAUUUUUGCCCGAAAACCGCUAAAUGGGCAGAAUAUAAUAACUGCUCAAGGAAGGGAGAGUCCUGAAAGCAAAGGAGGAAUAAUACUGCACAACUGCACAAUAAAAGCAGCUGCUGACCUCAUUCCUUAUAAGUCAUCCACCAAGACAUACCUCGGGAGACCGUGGAAAACUUUAUACUCUCGAGUGGUUGUUAUGGAAAGUUAUAUAGAAGAUCUUAUUGACCCUAGGGGAUGGAUUGAGUGGAACAAAAACCUUACAAACCUAGAUAAGUUAUUUUACGCAGAAUACCAAAACCAAGGCCCAGGUGCUAACACUACUAAUCGUGUGAAAUGGCCAGGGUAUAAAGUGUUGAAAAUCCCUUCUGAAGUAUCACAGUUUACUGUGAAGAAUUUCAUCAAGGGGAAUGAAUGGAUACCCUGGACCGGUAUUCCAUUUAUUUCUGGUCUACUAUAA